AUGAAUCGGAGCGAUCGCAGCUUGAUGGAUUUACCAUUGGAGAUCCAUUUAUCAUUGCUAGAGUACGUGCCUAAUGAACUUCGUGCUGUCAAUAAAUACUUUUACGUUUUGCAUAACCAUAGUUAUAAGGAGAAGAGUUUGGCAUGGAUAGCCGAGGACAACUAUAUAUGGGCCGUUGUCAAAAAUUCAUUAUGUUUAUAUGUCAAGAGUUUGGACCCACUUCGGCAGCAUUCCAGAGAGAUCAUUAAAGGCACGGCAGAACCGGGUACUAAUGUGCCCCUGUGCAUGACUAAAUACAUCGCAGAUUCGUGGUAUAUUGUAUACAAUGCACUACAAUAUCCUGGAAAGAUAAUUAAUAUGGAAUGGGACAAAUAUACCGAAAAUCAAGACUUAACUGCGGUGGAUUCCAGCAGUAACUUUGGUAGUCGGCCCAAGGAAAGAACUCUCAUGCAGUCAUUGACAGCUUUACCUGUUAACUUUUGGUCCAGAAGGAAAGACGAGCCUACGCCAGUAAACGUCUGGUUUUAUGUGAAAAAUGCGCACGUUGCCAGAUAUAUACCGAAAAUUAUUACGGAAAUAGGUAUAUGCAACUAUGGGCCGAAGCAGAUCGUGGCAAGCGCAGGAUAUAUCAACGAAUUGAUAACAUCUGAAGGAAUAUACUGUGUCAACCUAGGACAUCUUCCUAGACUAUACGAUGAACAAAUUUUUGAGGGCACUGGAACGACGCAUCUUCCCUUGGAACUGAAAGCCAUUGAUAGGACAGAUUCAGACGUUUGUGUCAAUGGUGAUUUAGUACUAUUGGGUUAUGACUUUAUUCCGUAUCAGAUAUCGAAACCCUGGUUGCUCUUCAGAAUUGAGCAGCUAAAUGGCAUUGAAGCAAUCUUCAACUAUAGUGAAUGUUCUUUUUCAUACCAGUUUGCGUGGAGUUUGGCCUGCUUGCAAUCUGGAGAAAAAAUUUCAUUUCCUAAGGAUACAAUAAGCGGGCACGGUUUACCCUAUAAGCCAUCCAAAUUGAUAAGAAUUUUUGUCUAUAAGCAUCCGGAACAAAAACAAGACCUUGAUCAAGAAGUAGCAUUCCCCAACUGGAAUACUCCUUAUCUUCGAAGAUGA